CUGAAGGAGCAGGAGAGUAAUCACUGAGGAAUCAAACCAUGUUUACUGUCUUCUGGACGACAUUGUUUUUCUUUUGGUGGGUUUCCACCACAUAUAAAGUUGAAUCAGCCCUUGGAAGACCGUCCUGUUACAAUGGAUUCUGCAUCACUCUCAAUGAGGAAAUGAUAACAGCCAAAGCUGGACUGUGUGUUGUGAUACCAUGUUCCUUCACCACUGCUGAUGGAUUUACACCAAAAAGUAUUGUCUGGCUUAAAUGUGAACCACAGAAAAGGAGAUGUAGUGACAUUGACAUAAUAUUUCACAUAAAUCGUUACAAGGUUCCAUCAGAAUUUCUAGGACGGGUUUUACUGUUGGAUCCUGAUGUGAGUCAGGGGAACUGCAGCAUCAUGAUCAAUGACCUCACAACAUCUGAUUCUGGAUCAUAUCAGCUCAGAGUUAAUGGUUUUUACCAUGGAACGGCAGAUGGAGUUACGUUCCCUUCUAGAACAAUUCUCUCUGUCAAAGAUCUAAACCUGAGGCCCUCACUGAUGAUUCCUCCACUGACUGAGGGACAGCAGGCCACUCUGACCUGCACUGCUCCUGGUCUCUGCUCUGGGUCUCCUCCUAACAUCACCUGGAUGUGGAGAGGAAAAAUAGAAGAGGACUAUAUCAUCACAGGAAGCACGACUGCUUUAAAAACUCAGGAUCUGACUGCUGUCACACAGAGACACAGCUCAACUCUGACCUUUAAACCUUCAGCUAAGCAUCACAACACCAAUGUAACCUGUAAAGUCAGCUUCACUGGAGACAUAACGACAGAAGAGACAGUUUCUCUGAACGUAAGCUUGUUGGCAAAAAUCCUGAAAGGCUCUGGAUGUGUGCAACAUGCAGAGGUCUUAAGCUGUGUAUGCAUCAGUGAGGGGUUUCCUUCACCCACCAUCACAUGGCCGCUACUAAAGAACCACACUGAGUACUCUGUCAUCAACAUUGUGUCAAACAACACUGUCAACAGCAUCCUAUCUCUUAGAAACCCUGGCAACAUCAGUGUUGAAUGUUUUAGCAGCAAUGAAAAUUGGGAAGUCAAAGAAAACCUCAGGGUGUAUCGAGAGCUGUCAGAAGAAGCUUAUCACGAGAAACAUUGUGUUUCUGGCUUUGGAGCUCUUCCCUGGGUCAUUGCUGGUGUUUCACUCAGUGUACAUGUUUUCUGUAUGAUCUACAUUUGGCACCUUUGGAACACAAGAAAAAAAACAAACCUCACUGAAGAUCAAACUUAUAUGUCUCUGCGAAAACGUGAUACAUCAGCAGAGUAUGAUGUUAUUGUCCAAAGACCACAGUAACAUGCUUCCAGAGAUCACUCUCACUUGGAUCUUACAUAAAGAAAAUGACUUUUUAAAAAAAAUUAACUUCAGUAUUUUACAUGCAAUAGAAGAGUGGAUUUAUGUUUUCUAGAAAAGAAAAAUGAUUUGAUCCACAAUUGCUAAAUACAGAGAAAUAGUAAUUGUCUCUAGAUAAGAAUAAUAUAUACCAUAUAAUAUAACAAGAAUGAUGAAUAUUGUAUAGAUUUGUGUUCUGGAGUGCUGGCAUCAGCUCUUCAUUAAAUAAAGAUGGAUGAGAACAGA